UCAGGUGGGCGGGAUGGGAAGAGCUAUGGGGAAGGAUUCGAAUUCCGGAGGAUUUAAAUCGCGGGAGAAGAAGCCACCGCGGCCUAGUAGGUAGAAGGGUCUUCCGUUCCCGUUGGCUUAGGUGUCUACGCUCCCGGGGACGCGGCCCGGUCGCAAGCUCAGCCUUCCCUCCGCGGCCUGGAGCCGCAGUGACAGUCAGCGCUGACGGUUGUUGUUGUCACUUGUCAGUGUCCCGUGUUCUUGGGUUCCAGCAGCUGCAACCCGCGCGGGACACAAGGAGGGUGGCUCAGACGGGACGUGGGGUGAUUAGCCCUGACCCGCGGGAUCUGGCUGGAGUGGGGCUCCCCGCCCCUCCGACUGCGCUGCCGCCGAUCUAUCCCUCCGAGUGAUAGUUGAAAGGAGGACGAGCUUUUACUUCACUUGAGAAUUCAGGAAAGCUCGGUUCAUAAAGGAGAAAGGGCAGAAGAGGGGUCGUUUCCAGGCAUCCAGACGAACCUGGACGUAGAAGAAAGAUUCCUAGUGGGAUUUUAGAACCUCGCCAAGGCAUCCCCUGCUGUGAAAUUCAAAAGCCUUCAUUCCUGUUACAGGAAUUCCACAAGGGGAGGCAUUUUAUUCUUCCAGUAAGAUCCUGGGAGAAGUGGAUAAACACACUGUAACGUUUAAAUACACUGUAACGUUUUCCUAAUGUGAGAUUCUUUUCAAGAACGUUGUGGUUUGGCUUUGGUUGGUAUUGGUAUUGGUGGUGGGAGGGGCCAAGGUGCAUGGCAAAAACUUUCUCUUGACUCGCCCGUUUUUACCAGUUUGCUUUCUUACUUCCCCAAACCCUCAAGAAGAAGACCUCUGUUGAACACAGACUGUAGUUCCAGCCACCACAGCUAAUCUGGAUCAUGAAUGGGAGCCACCGUGGUCUUGGCAAGUCCAGAAAUAUAGCUGAGUAGCUCAUCUAGAAAAGAGAUUUGUGUUGAGCUGAGUUAAAAGAAGUAUUUAGCUGUAUCUCAAACCUCUCCUCUUGCACAACCAACCCCCAUUAUAAAAGGAAGUGCAAAAUGGAAUAAACUGAUUUUAAGUGAAUACAAGCUGUCUUUAUAUACAAAAGUAACUCAAGGGUGGUGAUGUACCCAGUCAUGCUUUCAACUGAUUUGGGAAGCCUACACCACUCACCUUAGGUUACAUAUGAGGAUAACUUACUAAAACAUUAAGCUAUGGAUAAAAACUCCAAGAGAAACAAUAAUUCAAGAGUUUCUCACACAGAAGCGAAUUCUGUGGAUGCUGAGAAGGAAAAAAAUGAGAGUCAAAACAACUUUGUUGAACUGCUGCCUGCAGAAGUCACUUUUAAAAUUUUCAGUCAGCUGGACAUUCGGAGUCUGUGCAGGGCUUCACUGACAUGCAGGAGCUGGAAUGACACAAUAAGAGACAGUGACUCUUUAUGGAAACCUCACUGCAUGACUGUAAGAGCUGUGUGCCGAAGAGAAAUAGAUGACGAUCUAGAAAGUGGUUAUUCCUGGAGGGUAAUACUGCUGAGGAAUUACCAGAAGAGUAAAGUGAAACACGAAUGGCUAAGUGGCAGAUACAGCAACAUUUGUUCUCCCAUUAGCCUACCAGAAAAAAUCAUGUACCCAAUGGAUGCAGAUACAUGGGGGGAAAUUCUAGAAGCAGAACUGGAAAGAUAAGGGGAAAAAAAAAAUCACAAACAAAUCUCAGGUCUUUGAAAGUUUAAAACUUAAAUGACUCUUAGGUUGCAAAAGCGAUAUCUUCAUUCGUUCAUUUUGUUGUUCAUCUUUUUAAAAGAAAGUGAAAUGGAAAUAUUGUAAAAGUAAAGCUUUAUUUUUGUUUUGCACUUUAGUAAAAUUUUUCUGGUUUUAUUGUAAUGUGGAAAAAUCAUGAAAUGUUAUUUUUAUAAGAAAUAAUAUACUGAUAGAGUGAUUCCAAAUACAAUGUUUCAUGUAUUUGUGUUAAUAUAUUCGCAAUACUAAAUGAAAGAGUGAUUUGUAUGUUCAGCUUAAUGAUAAUUCAAAAUUUCAGGAAGCCACUUUAAACUGACUUAAAGAUUCAUUAAGUGGUGGUUAUAACUAGGCUCAUGGGAAGACUAGCUAAGUGAAAUUAAUAGCAAUACAUUUAAAUUAAUACAUUGACAUUUUAAUGACUUUAACAUUUCUAUUUCAGUGGAAUCAGAUUGAAAUGUCAAAUAGUGAAACUAUUUUUAAUGUGUUAAGCCUGUGGUUUAGUUUUAAGUUAAUGUCAUCUCAGGGCUAAAGCUUGUCCAAUUGAGAUUCCCGUUAUUUUAUAUAAACCUGGAACGGCUCUCAGGAGCUGAAAGUAAGUGGAAAGUUUCCAGAACACUUUACCAUCAGAAUGCCACGCUAGCCUGGUAAAACUCUCUUUCUGACAGCCUUAUAGCACCAUCUAGUGUGCUAUUCUUAGAUACCAAGACAAAGGACUUUCAGAUCCUUUUUGUUUUCUCCAUAUUAAAAAGAAAACUAUUAUUCUAAAGAAUCCUUAACACUUGUCUUUUGUUAAAGUUUAUAACUUUUUAGGAGCCUUUAUUUUAACUUUUAAAAACUUUUGUUUCUCUUUUUUCAUAAAAACAGAUGAUAUACUACUCACUAUAACAAAUUGUUUAUUCUGAAUCUGUGGUUACCACCAUAGUACAAAAAAGUGUCUACAAACUGCUUUAGUUAGUGUGGGGUUUUCUUCUUAAAAACUGUUCUCUAUAGCAUUAAAUAUAAGAAUCCAGGAAACCAGUAUUUAACAAAUAGGCAAAUAUUAGAAAGAUGCCCCACUAUAUGCAAAUUCCGUAUGUUGAAUCAAGCAGUAGAUAAUUAAUUGUCUCCUACUAUCUUCUUAGAGUUGGAAGAGUCCUUGAAAAUCAGGCAGUCAAGUCUCCAGGACUAUUCAGUAAUUUUCUCAAUAGGAACACUGUCAGUCAGCUAGCCCAAGCCCAAAUCCUGUACUUCUACUAAUAGCAUCUCUGUUAUGUCACAGAACAGUCCGGUUGUAGUCUAGGCUUGAACUGAAGACCACCUCUCUGUAACGUUUGCCUUCUAGCCCCACUUCCACCCUCUAGAACCAGGCUGAUUCAGUCCUUCUUCUCUAUGAUUGCCAGAUAUUUGAAGACUGCUUGCCUGUCUCUUCCUGGGUCUUCUCUCCAAUUCCACUGAUGAUCAUAGAGUAUAAUUUCUAGACCCAACAACAUUCUCUUCUGCCCAUUUACUCUUAACAAAAGAAAGGGGCUGUGCGCCAUGGCUCACGCCUGUAAUCUCAGCACUUUGGGAGGCCAAGGUGGGUGGAUCACCUCAGGUCAGGAGUUCAAGACCAGCCUGGUCAACAUGGUGAAACCCUGUCUCUACUAAAUAUACAAAAAUUAGCUGGGCGUGGUGGCGGGUGCCUGUAAUCCCAGCUACUUUGGAGGCUGAGGCAGGAGAACUGCUUGAACCUGGGAGGCAGAGGUUGCAGUGAACUAAUUUUAUUUCAUAAAAGAUAAGAAAGCACUUGGAAAUUUUCAAAAUAUGGGAAAAAUUAAAGCUAUAAGCAUCUUGCUGAAUAGCAUCUGUGUACAAUAGUAUAUGUACACAUAUAUUUUCAGCUGUUUUUUUAUAAUGGAUGUUGAUUAUUUUUGUCCUGCCCCCUUACAAUCUAUCAUCAUCAUCUAUUAAUAGAAGUUAUCCUAAUUAGGGAGACUCACCCUUCUCACUUCCAACCACGUGUGUGGGUUUUUUUGGCCGGGGUGUGGGGGCGGCUUUUUGUUUUUGUUUUUGUUUUGUUUUUUUGAGAUGAAGUCUUGCUCUGUCGCCCAGGCUGGAGUGUAGUGGCAUGAUCUUGGCCCACUGCAACCUCCACCUCCCAGGUUCAAGCAACUCUCUGUCUCAGCCUCCCGAGCAGCCGGGAUUAUAGGUGCCCGCCACCAUGCCCAGCUAAUUUUUGUAUUUUUAGUAGAAAUGGGGUUUCACCAUCUUGGCCUCCUGACCUUGUGAUCUACCCGCCUCAGCCUCCCAAAGUGCUGGGAUUAUAGGCAUAAGCCACCGCACCCAGCUGGGUUUUUUUUUUUUUUUUUUUUUUUUACAUUAUCCUGUUUUUCCCAGCCUCCAUGUUUAGUCCAAGGAUGGAAACAUGACCCAAUCCCCCCUUUUCAUAAGUUGGAAGAAAGAAGCCCUUUCCUCUUUGCUGAUGAAACUGUUCCCUGCCACACAAAGAAAACGGAUCUUAAGUAAGAGAAUGUGGAGCCACCAGGGGAAAGAACAAUUGCAGGGAAAGAGGCCUGAUUAUAUUCCAGACCCUGGUCCCGGCCAUUCCUUGUCUGCUUACCUAAAUUAAUUCAAAUUGAGUUUCACCAUCAUACUGGGACCCCCACCUGAUGUGGUUUCUUUGCCCAUUUUUCAAAUAUGUAUUAUUUGUGGCUUACAUUAACAUCUUAGAUUUCACUCUGACUUCCUCACCAGUCAGUCUUAAUCUGCUAUAAUAUGGCCAUCACUCCAUAUGGUUGAAACUGUUGGUAUCCAAAUUACAGGUGACUUAAUGUCUAAAUCCACUGGAUGCAUUCUACUUGUUAAUAUAUUUGACACACAUAAACACACUGACACACGUAAGUACUUCUUAAAACUCUCUCCUCCAUGGGUUGGAACUAUAGUCUCUUGGACUUUUCUUUCCCCGCUCUAACCCGUCUUCUCAGUUUCCUUCAAAGACUCACUUUCCUUCAUCUACUCAUUACAUGUUAGUGUUCCCCCAAGGUUCCACAUGUUGUCAUCUCGUCUGUAUACUCUAACAUCCUUGGUGAUCCCAUCUACGACUCCUGUGUCAGCUGCCAUUGUUGGUGUUAAUGCCAUCCACGUCCGUGUCCCAACAUCAGAUCUCCGUGGGAUGCUCCAGAAAUACAUAUGCUAUUAUCUUUUGGAUUUUUAUCCAAAGAUAGUAUAAGUAUAUAUAUAUAUAUAUAAUAUUUGAUAUAUCCAAAGAUAGUUUAUAUAUAAACACCUGAAUCAAAACUUACUAUCUCAUAAAAGUAGUUCUUCGUCCAGUUCCUAUCUCGGUGAAUGGCAUGUCCUGUUAGAAAAUCACCAUAUUUUACUUUUCUCCAUCAUUCUCCAAGUCCAGUCGAGUCAAUUCUUAGUUGAUUUUAUCAUCCAAAUGUCUAAGUAAUUCACCUCUUCUCCAUCUUUAUCUCUGCCUCGUUACUUAAUUCUUGUCCUUAUUUGAAGUUGGGAUUUCUAAAAUAACCUCUUACUGGUGUUCCUGCCUCCAGUUCCUUCCUUUUACUGUUAGCAGUAUAAUCUUUGUUAAACCCCAAAUUUAGCACAUCACCCCUAACUUAAACUCCUGACUGUGUUCAGGUAGAAAUCAAAAUUCCCCACUAAAGCCCGUAGGGCCUUUAAUGAUGUGGUCUGGCCUACCUCUCCAGCCUCUUCUCUCACCACUGUCCCACCCUAUAUCUUUCUGUUCAGUCUUACAAAACUGUUUCAUAAAAAUUUUCUCACUUCUCUGCCUUUGCACAGGCUGUUUGAUAUACCCAGAGUAAUCCCCACCAUUGAUUCUUUCCUUGGCAAAAAUCUAUUGUAAAACUUAUCGUCUUGGCCUGGAAACAAUCCAUAACUACUGCUGUUCUGGAUUAAGUGACUUUUUAAAUGUUCUUGUAGUUCUUUGUAUAGACCUCUCUCAAAGCUGUCAUAUGACAUUAAAUUGUCUAUUUUAUUUGUGUGUUUGCCCCUUUACACUGUGAACUUCUUAAUGACAGGGACCAUUUUUUAUUUAUUUUUGUGUCUUCAAACCUGGCACACACUAGGUGCUCUAUAAAGAUUUGUUAAAUUAUUUCUAUAGUUAUUUAUUUUAAUCCUACACAGAAUGUAUAAAAAUAAUUUACUAUAUUGUUAGUGAAAAAGAUUGUAUCAAAAUGCAGUAUACAAUCCUUAAGGUAUGUGGGAUGCUUGAUAGUAAUACGAAUAUAUGAAUAAUUGUUCCAGUCUUCUCCAAACCUGUAAGAGGGAAAUAGGAAAAUAAAAAUGUUUUGUUUUAUUUUUUGAACUCUUGAAAAUAAACUUAACCUCAAGAAUA